GCCGCGGCUGCCUUCAUCAAGCGCUCAAGUCGUGCCCGCAAAAAAUUGUGCUCUCCCCCCUCUCCUUCGACCUUGCGAAAUGACUACAUUAGAUUCUCUGGUCGAUUGGUCACAGGUCACCCUGCUGUACUCCCUCCUGUCAAUCACCUUCAACCCGACUGCAUGGAACAUCGUAGCCCAGAAUGAGUACCGCAACAAGACCAUCACCCGCAUGUUCGGCGGGAACGCGCGUUACGGCUGCUAUUUUCUGGCCCUCAUGAUCUUCUCGUUCGGAAUGCUGCGAGACUCCUUGUACCACAACGCGCUGCAAGACCAGCCCAAGGUCUCGCUUCUUCCCGCUCCCUUCGACACCAUCGUUCCCGCCGUGCUGUUCGUGACGGGCCAGAUCUUCGUGGUCACGUCGACUUGGAUGCUGGGCAUCACUGGCACGUUCUUGGGCGACUAUUUUGGUAUCCUCAUGGAUCAUCGAGUUGAAGGGUUUCCCUUCAAUGUGCUCCGCGACCCUAUGUAUGUGGGGAGCACCAUGUCCUUCGCGGCUACUGCUCUCUGGUACGAGCGCCCUGCCGGUCUGUUCAUCACAGCCUUCGUCUAUGUUGUAUAUGUGAUUGCUCUGCGUUUCGAAGGGCCAUUCACGGAUAUGAUCUAUGCCAAGCGCGAAGAGGCACGCACGAAAAAGGAGUAGGGGAGAGCUCCGGAGGAGGGUUCAUUCACCCGCAUCGCACGACUUCACCAGUCCAUGCUGAGGCUGUAGACAUGCCCCAGGCCUCAACGCCAGGCACAAGACAUCUACGCCGUGAUGAUAUAUAUGUUCGGAUGGGAUUACAAGAGAUGAGUGAUUAGCGUUCGAUGUAUGAUACAUUUUACUGUAAUAUACUUGGUGUUUCAC